AAAAUAAACUACUAUUUAGUGGGGGGAAAGUGAAAAAUGGUGAAUUCCCUUUCAUUGAAUGUGCUCAGGUACAGAUUGGACAACCAUCCCCACUGGAGCUAUGGCAGGUGGGAGUUUACAAUGCCAUUUAUAUUUUGGAUAUGAGUUGGCUUUGAGAUUCUGCGGCACAGCUACGGUGGACCCCAACUUCAUUGACCUCCAUGCAGAGGGGAAAAGGAGACAGCCUCCCACCACAGGCCUGGGCUCGGGGCUUUGUCGUUUCCAUAGUGACGGGUCAUAGAGUCUGGAGGACUGUGGGGACAGACAUUACCCGCGGCGUGCCAGGUAAGGGAGACUUCAUUCACACUUCCGUUUCUCCUUACGGAUGGCAAAUGGACGCUCCGCUUCCUUUGCUCUAUGACUAGAGCCUCAGGUCUCUGAUUGGCUCGUAGGAGGGGGUGGGGGGGUGAGGACCGGAAGCAUGCCCUGAUCGCCCUGGAAGUAGAAGUCUGCGUCAGUCUCGCUGUGGCGGCGCGUCUCCUUGCCUCGUACCCUCGGUUCUGCGGUGGAGCUGUCAGCCUUCAGGAUGCCGGGCGCCGCCGACAAAGGGACAGAGUUGUCCGAGCGGAUCGAGGGUUUCGUGGAGGCGCUGAAGCGGGGCGGGGGCCAGCGCAGCUCGGAGGACAUGGCCCGGGAGACGGUGGGGCUGCUCCAUCGGAUCGUGGCCCACGGGCGCUGGAGCAACGCCGGGGAGCUGAUGGAGCUCAUCCGGAAGGAGGGCCGGCGGAUGACGGCCGCUCAGCCCUCGGAGACCACCGUGGGCAACAUGGUGCGCAGGGUGCUCAAGAUCAUCCGCGAGGAGUACGGCAGACUCCAUGGGCGAAGUGAUGAGAGUGAUCAGCAGGAGUCCUUACACAAGCUCUUGACAGCUGGAGGCCUGAAUGAAGAUUUUAGUCUUCACUAUGCCCAACUCCAAGCCAAUAUCAUUGAAGUUAUUAAUGAGCUGUUGAUCGAGCUGGAAGGGACAACUGAGAACAUAGCAAUGCAGGCUCUGGAGCACAUUCACUCCAACGAGGUGAUCAUGACCAUUGGAUACUCCCGAACUGUUGAAGCCUUCCUCAAAGUGGCUGCCCAAAAGCGAAAAUUUCAUGUUAUUGUGGCUGAGUGUGCUCCUUUCUGCCAGGGCCAUAAGAUGGCAGUCAAUCUGGCCAAGGAGGGUAUUGAAACAACUGUCAUGACUGAUGCUGCUAUUUUUGCUGUUAUGUCAAGAGUCAACAAAGUGAUCAUUGGCACAAAGACCAUCCUAGCCAAUGGUGCCCUGAGAGCAGUGGCAGGAACUCACACCCUGGCCCUCGCAGCUAAGCACCACUCCACUCCGCUCAUUGUUUGUGCGCCCAUGUUUAAGCUUUCACCGCAGUUUCCCAAUGAAGAAGAUUCAUUCCACAAGUUUGUAGCUCCUGAAGAAGUCUUACCAUUCACGGAGGGGGACAUUUUGGAGAAGGUCAGUGUUCAUUGUCCUGUGUUUGACUAUGUCCCACCAGAGCUGAUCACCCUCUUUAUCUCCAACAUUGGUGGGAAUGCACCCUCCUAUAUUUACCGCCUCAUGAGUGAACUCUACCAUCCUGAUGAUCAUAUACUCUAAAGUCAGGAGAUGAUGGAGCUUAGGUAGACAUUUGUGUAACACUGAAUGAACUAAGUGGAGACAUCCUGCUCCUAACUUGGGAACAGGUGGAGUCAAGUUCCCAUAAAAGAAGUCUUGAACUCUAAAUAGAAACUACUGCCUCUGCAGCCAUACACAUGCAUGGGCAAAAUUCCAGGAUCUGUUCUUUGGAUCUUCAUGGAACAACAAUGCUUGACCUGUUGAUUUGGAAGCCUUCUGCUGACCUGGCUGCAUCUCUGUGGGACAUGAAAAGUUCUGAUUCAGUGAUGGGUCACAUGGAAUUCUUUGCUGAGGUAGACACCUUUGCUCAGAGAUUUCUACACCUUCUCCUGGGAUAUGCCAAUAAAAGCUACUUUAUGACUCUG